CAAAUAUUCUGUCCAUUUCUAUAUCUAUCAUCAUGGUCUUGCUCAAGUUGAGAUGCAAUCCUAAAGACAUCAAAGCCACCAUUGCCGUAACUUUCUCCGCCUCUAACCUUUCUCUCUCCUCUGAUCCUGCACUAUGCCUUAGUAUCCACCUCCGCAUCCUUGAGUCAAUGCAGGAUCAACCCAUCACUAUAUGUACCAGUCACACAAUAUGUGCUCUUGAAGAAGACAUGAUAUCUCAAGGUGUAUUUGGGGGCGGGCUACUAUCCACCUCUGAUCCCAACCGACGCAUCUCUCUGGGAAUGCUCAGACCUCACUAUCCCCAUUCCUCAGAAUUACCUGUGAACCUCAGGGAACACGACCUGGAGUGGGCUACAAUUCCUACUGCUGGAGAAGCAGUUGUGACGCAUGAACUUUCAAUGCCUAGGCUCUUUGCCCACGCUGACAUGGUAGAAGGCGGUGAGCUUAAGACUGGGGAGUAGUUUAAGUCUUUAAGAUGCACAUGAGUGAUGGGUAUAUUGGAACAUCAUGGUGGUGCUGGGGUGAUUUAGAAGGUCAUCUUAAGGACAAACCCUUCCAUGCAUGGCAAAAGGGAAUUAAUUUUCUUGAUGCUCCAUUCCCUGUAGAUCCAGACAACUGGGCUUUGGGUGAGGAUCCAUCUGAGUUGAAAUUCGAGGAUCGUUUGGGCUGGGUUGAGUUUGAGGUUGUUGAAUGACUCUUUUAGUAUCUUUAAGUCAAUAUUACUGCCUUAUUCUCGAUCUUCAUCCAUGACUGUAUGU